AUGGCAAACAAUACAAUGAGUGGAUUUCUCCUUGUGGGCUUUUCUGAAAUUCGUGAGCUACAGAUUUUACAUGCUUUCCUGUUCUUGGUGAUGUACCUCUUAAGCUUGGCAGGUAACUUCAUCAUUAUCAUCAUCACCACAUUGGAUCAUCAACUCCAAUCACCAAUGUAUUACUUCUUAAAGCACCUUUCCCUCCUGGACCUCUCCGUCAUUUCUGUCACUGUUCCUCAGUCUAUUACCAAUUCUCUGUUGGACGAUGGCUCUAUUUCCUACAGUCAGUGCGUACUCCAGGUUUUCUUCUUCACAGCUUUGGCUGGGGCUGAAGUGUCCAUUCUUACAGUGAUGUCUUAUGAUCGUUACAUAGCCAUCUGCUCUCCACUGCAUUAUGAAAUCGUUAUGAAUCCUAGUAAGUGUAAGUGGGCUGUGAUGGCUGUGUGGCUAAGCGGAGGCAUCUCUGGAACAUUGUACACAUCAGCCACAUUCUCUAUCGUAUUCUGUAGAGCCCGAAUAAUCCACCAGUUCUUUUGUGAUGUCCCCCAAUUACUAAAGCUCACCUGUUGCAAUGAUUACCUUAGAGUGAUUGGAGUGGCAGCUUUCAUGUCUUUGAUGGCUUGCUUCUGCUUCACCUUCAUUGUCUUCUCCUACAUUCACAUCUUCUCUACAGUUCUGAGAAUACCUUCUGCUGAGGGCCAAUCCAAGGCCUUCUCUACUUGUCUGCCCCACCUCUUUGUUGUUACAAUUUUUGUUACUACAGGCAUAUGUGAAUUCCUAAAACCAGCUACAGAAUCCCCAACAGUUUUUGACCUUGCAAUUUCUAUCUUCUACACAGUAAUACCUCCAUCACUCAAUCCUAUUAUCUACAGCUUAAGGAAUGAUGCCCUGAAGGAAGCUUUCAGAAAGUUAUUGUUGGGAGAAGAAUACAUCAGAAGAAAAUAA